AUGUCUUCAAGCGAAGAACCCAAAUGUCGCAUCCGUGGUAUGUCCGCUGCUAGUGAGGAUGCCGCUGUCGCCGCUGCUGCUGCUGCCGUUGCCGAUGAAGCGUUCCCUGAGGUGUCAUUGUCGCAUCCCUCUUCCCUUCCCGGACCGUCUGUGGAAGAAACCCAGCCCCCGCCUCCUCCUGUAGCCUCUUCUCAGCCUUCCCAUAUUGGUACUGCUGCUGGCCCUGACCUCGGUGUAGAUCCUUUGUUUGAUUCGCCUCAAAUGAUGGCGGAGGUGAGGGGCACGGAGAAAGCUUUGGCGGCCUCGGCCGCUCCUGUGAGCGGCGAAGCCGAGGGCCCAGCACCGGCUAACUUGCCCGCUGGGUUGUCGUUCAAUCUCGAGGCUACCGUAAACAUCCUCAUCUCGAAGAUCGAUCGCUUGCUAGCAAUUGCCCUUGCCGGCCAGGCGGCAAGAAAUUCGGCUUCAUCUUCUCAUCCCGAUGCCGUUAUCCCUCCGACUGACGAAGAUUUGGUGACCAUCCCUUUCGCGGGACCUCCUUCCUCCUCCGCCGCCACGUCCGUCGUCGCUAUUACUGCUGCCGCCGACCCUUUGUUAGUCGUCCCUCCCUCCCCCACUUUCUCUUCCAGUCUCUCGGAGACUCUCUCCCCUUCGGCUCGGUCUCGUCAUCCCCACCGCCGCCCUACCGCUUCCCCUAGAACCCCCUUCACACCCACCGAGCUGUCACUGAUGUUAAAACUCGCUUUCGCGGCUCGGGUAAGGAACCUGAGAGCUUACCGUUGCUCGGAUUCUGAGACAGCGAAGACGAUCGUCACUCAGUUUGGGUCGCGGUUUUGGGCGGCGAUACGGGACUGCCCCUUGGGGGAGUCUCUGUCGGGGAGGAGUGUUCCUACGCUUCGCAAUAAGUUCAAUGCUGACCUUCGGGAGUUGGUUGAGGGCUUUCCUAUUAGUUUCUCGGAUGGUGUAGCUCAGAGUCCCAUAUCCGGGGAACCUACCGGUAGUGUCGCUGCUGCUGGUGGUGAUGCCACCGCUGCUGGUAACGUGGACGACAGGUCUGCUUCGUCUUCCAACUCUGAUGAUGGCAAAAGCAUCUCUUUUCCCCAGCCCGUUCCCGUGAAGCGCAAACGAGUACUGUCAGAGUCCCCCGUUCCUCCUCUUUCCGCCGCUACUAAGAAGCAGAGACGUGAGUGA